AUGGCGGAGGAUCCCGCUUCGGGUGCGCCGAGCCUUCGGGGCUGUGCUGACGGGAGCGAUGCUGACCCACCGGACGAGCGGGUGGCAGAAAUGGAGGGAGAAGACCAGGAGCAGUUCGAGUACCAGGAACUGCUCGAUUGCCAGGUGCAGCUGGGGACCCCUGAGGAAAGGGAGGACGUGGGCCUGAUGGCUGAGGCCGAGGCCGUGGCUUCCGGCUGGAUGCUCGAUUUCCUCUGCCUCUCUCUUUGCCGAGCCUUCCGCGACAGCCGCUCUGAGGACUUCCAAAGGACCCGCAACAGCGCGGAGGGUGAGGGCGGGGUGCGCCGGGGCCCGGAGCUGCGCAGGGGGCGGAGGAGGGAACCGCGGCGGGCGGCCGAGGCCUGUUUCCCGCGCUGUACCUCGGGCGGCUCGGGGCAAAGGGGCUGGGGCGGCGGAUCCGUUGGAGGUCCGAGGAUCUGGGCUGAGCUUUGUUCGAAUCCCGGUUCUGCCUGUUAG